AGUAAAUAUCAAUCAAAAUGGCUGAAGCAUCGUGUUCUUAUCAUUCAGAUGAUGAGAAAGACAUUUCAAUCGAAAACAUUGAGUCCGAUGAAGAAUCUUUACCCCAACAUGAUUUAGAUGCUGUGCCUUGUGCCAAAGCUUCAUAUUGCAAAAAACCUGAAGAAUCUGAAAGACUUUUAGAUAAUCAACAUUCUCCACCCCCUAGCUUAAGCCAUUCUCAACCUUCUGGAUAUGAAAGGAAGGAUGAAAUCAGAUUGAAGAAAGAAGACAAAAAAGAAAACAUGAGCAUUGGCAAGAAAAAGCUUUAUAGCUGGCUAAAUAAACAGAUGAAAAUUGAAAUGACUGAUGGGCGUGUCCUCGUUGGUAUUUUUCUGUGUACUGACCGUGAUGCAAAUGUUAUACUUGGCUCAUGUACAGAAUAUCUUAAUCCUGAAGUUUGUGGCUUUACUGAUGAACCUAGGAUUCUUGGGCUUGUUAUGGUUCCUGGUAGACAUAUUGUUUCCAUUCACCACGAUGCUUCUGAUGCACCCUCAGAUGACAAAGAAAUUAAAGAAGUUACCUCCACACAGAAUUGGUCAGAGUCUUUGUACUCUUGAGACAAGAAGUUAGCUAAGCUGAGUCAGUUAAUUAUAUGUUUGGGCGUAUUUUAUUUAUUUAUCUUAAAUUUAUCGAUGUGAAAAGGCAUCAUUAUUUAUUUGUUUGAUUGAAGGGAUUAACAUUAUUAUAAGAUGUAGAAUUCUUUGGAAGAAAUUAAUAAUAAUCAAUUCAAUGAAACAUCUUAAACUAUGAAAUGGGUCGAGUACAAAUUGACUAUCGUCAUUUAGUUAUCCCUGGCUGUCCUUAAAGCCUAUUUCUG